AUGUCCCUUUCCAUCUUCCUCCUAUGGCUUGUAUGCAUCCCCCUCUCUGUCCAUCCACUCCCUGCUCCUAGAGGUUUUCAAUUAAAUUGUGGUGCGUCCGAGGACAUAACUCAUGGCAACCUCAAAUACAUUCCGGACAAAGGUUUCAUAUCUGUUGGAAACAAAUCAGCCAUCAAAACAGCAGAUGUAUUGCCUUUAUUGUCCACAUUGCGCUUCUUUCCUGAUACCUCAGCAAAAAAAUAUUGCUAUGUACUUCCUGUGAUCAAAGGAGGGAAAUAUUUAGUUAGGACUACCUAUUAUUAUGGAGGUUAUGAUGGGGGGAAAGAGCCUCCAGUAUUUGACCAGAUUAUUCAAGGGACUAAAUGGAGCACUGUCAAUACCACAGAAGAUUAUGCGAAUGGGAUGAGUUCAUAUUAUGAGAUUAUUGUGGCUUCAUUGGCUAAGACAUUGAGUGUUUGUCUUGCAAGAAAUGUGCACACUACUUCUAGUCCUUUUAUAUCAGCUCUUGAAAUAGAGUACCUUGGAAAUUCGGUGUACAAUUCGACAGAUUUUUCAAAGUAUGCACUUGUUACUGUUGCUCGAGACAAUUUUGGAGCAGAUGAAGAAAUAAUUGGUUUUCCAGAUGAUCAAUUCAACCGGUUGUGGCAGCCAUUUAUAGAUCAGAACCCUGUUGUUGAAUGCCAAAACAAUAUUAGUUCUUCAGAGUUUUGGAACUUUCCUCCUCAGAGAGCAUUCGCAUCAGCAAUCACAACAAGCAGAGGAAAGACAAUAAAAAUCCAGUGGCCACCAGUGUCGCUUCCCAGCACCAAAUACUACAUCGCACUCUAUUUCCAGGACAACCGGACACCGAGCCCAUACAGCUGGAGGGUCUUCAGUGUUUCUAUUAAUGGACAGAAUUUUUACAAGGAUCUCAAUGUGACAGCAAACGGUGUGACUGUUUAUGGAUCAGAGUGGCCUCUUUCUGGGCAGACAGAAAUCACCUUGACUCCAGGGAACAAUAUACCUGUUGGACCUGUGAUCAAUGCUGGUGAAAUAUAUCACAUUUUGCCUCUUGGUGGAAGAACUCGAACAAGAGAUGUGAUGGCAAUGGAACAUUUAGCAAGAAGGUUUGUUAAUCCACCGUCCGAUUGGAGUGGCGACCCUUGCCUGCCUCCAGAGAAUUCGUGGACAGGAGUUAAAUGUUCCCAAGAUAAAUUGGCUCGAGUUGUUGCUUUGAACCUUACAAGCAUGGGCAUCUCUGGGUCACUACCCUCAAGCCUAGCCAAUCUAACUGCAGUCACCCAUAUUUGGCUAGGAGGGAACAAACUCUCAGGUUCUAUCCCAAACUUGAGCACACUGAAAGAGCUACGAACUCUGCAUUUGGAAAACAAUAAGCUCGAAGGGACGAUUCCUCAAUCUUUAGGCCAACUUGGGCAGCUUCACGAGUUAUUCCUCCAAAAUAACAAUCUUGAUGGCAGGGUCCCAGAUUCGCUGCGAAAUAAGAAGGGCUUAAAUAUUCAGGUGUCUCCUGGGAAUCAUCACUCUUCCUGA